UCUUUCCCGCUCGCACUCCAAUCUCACUAAUCACGUUAUGUUGGCGGUUUAGGUAAGGGUGAGAAGGGGGCACCAGAGUUCAAAUCUGUUGCUGCGUUCACUUGUUUCUGUGUUGGUAGAUUUGUGUGUUCUAUUUGCCUUUGAAACGAACGGGAGAGUUGUCAUUGGAUUAAGUUGUAUUUGUCGCAAUGGGAGACGUGAUUUCGAGCCACCUGGAUGAGGGCAAACGGGAGAUCAUUACAGCCAGGACAGGCGAGGUGAUUGGAGAGUUUAGCCGUCUGUAUGAGCAACAGUAUGCAGUGGCCCUCUUCAACAAGGUCCGCUUUGACAUCGAGGGAGGAGGUGGACCCCAGCCACAGCUACUGCACCGCAAGGUUCCUCUGGAGAAUAGAUCCAUCUUCUCUGGAGCUCUGUUCCAGUUUCUGGAGGAGAACAAUAAAUGGAGAAACCAAUUCCUCUUCGUUCCUGACUCCUACGCUAUCAACUACUAUGACAACAAAGCGUCUCAUGAGAGAGGGCUUCACCCCAAGGGAAACAUCAACUGUGCUGGGUAUAAAGUGCUGACUUCAAUGGAUCAGUACCUGGAGCUGCUCAACAACAGCCUGCCUGGUGUAAAGGCUAAAGUGGGUAACUCUCCCUUCCUGAAGUGUGCCACCCAGUUCCCUCUGAUCCUGUGGCACCCGUAUGCCCGCCACUACUACUUCUGUGUGGUGACGGAGAAAGAACAGCGGAAGUGGCAUGCAGUCUUUCAGGACUGUGUAAGACAUGCCAAUGAUGGUUUAUCAGAGGAGAGCCAGGUGCAGACUCCGGCCUUCACAGACGCAGUGAGGCUCUACCGCCAAGCCCGCGGGCAGUAUGGCACCUGGGAGAUGAUGUGUGGGAUCCCCUCACAGAUUCUGGCCAACCUGGUGAUGGAGACUCUUCUCCCUGAGCUCAGGGAUCUGAUCUCCCCUCGACUCAAAGGCAAAAUGCACGACAGGCAGAGGAACUGGAUGCUAGUCUGCGACGCGGUGUAUGGUCUGGUGGUGAGGCAGGCCCAGGCCCAGUACGAGGCUGUGGUGCAGAGCUGUGAGGCCCGACGCCCUCCUCUAGAGGCCUCCAUACGCACAGACAUGGACCAGAUCAUCACCUCAAAGGAGCACGUUGCCAACAAAAUCAAAGCGGUGGUGCUGCCUAAGGCAGAGAAGCUGCUGACAGUUAGUAUCCAGCCCUACAUCAGCUCUAUCCUGGAGGCCCUGAUGGAGCCCACCAGCCGAGGCUUCUCUCAGGUCAGAGACGUCUUCUUCAGAGAGCUGGUGGACUUGAGCAAGAACACACUGAACGACGCCACCAAGGAGAAAGUGGGAGAGCACAUGGAGAAGAUCUCUAUGCUGGCGUUCCACCCGGUGAAGAUGCAGAGCUGCUAUGAGAAAGUAGAGGACCUGAGUCUGGAUGGCCUGCAGCAGAGGUUUGAUGUCUCCAGCCCCUCUGUGUUUGUCCAGAGAGCACAGAUUCUCAUGAGAGAGCAAAUGGACGAUGCAGUGUACACGUUUGAGCAGAUCCUCCACCAAAGUCUGGAGGACCAGGGGCCAGAGGGGCUCUGUAAGAACAUCCAACGCUGCCAGGACCGGGUCAUCAAGAAAUUUGACUAUGACAGCAGCACAGUCCGGAAGAGGUUCUUCAGAGAGGCUCUUCUUCAGAUCUUCAUCCCUUACAUGCUGAAGCAGCUCACUCCCUCCGUAUCCUCUGAGCUGCCUCGUUUCCAGGAGCUGAUCUUCGAGGACUUUUCUCGUUUCAUCCUGGUGGAGAACAUCUUUGAGGAGGUGGUGCUGCACUCUGUCAUGAAGGACAUCAUGAUGGCUGUCAAGGAGGCAGCAGUCCAGAGAAGACACAACCUUUACAGGGACAGCAUAGUGCUGACCAGCAGUGAUCCCAACCUCCACCUGCUGGGGGAUAACCCUGCCAUCGACUGGGCUGGGGAGUAUGGGACAGGACAGGAAGAGGUGGACAGGGAGGAGACUAGGGACAGCACAGGAGGGGCGGCCCAGAGGAGGCGCAGGAUGAAGCAGGUAGUCUCUAUGAUCCAGCUGGAUGGCUCUCCCAUCCUGGUCAAUGAGUCCUAUCUGGACAUCCCCAUGGUGGACAGCAUCCCUGAGGAGGAGGGAGUGGACCAGAACACCGAUGCCUCAUCUCCAGAGAGUGUCCACCAGGAACCAGCCAAAGUUAAUGGAACCAGUCUGAAAGGAAAGAGAAAGGCCCCUCCUCCUCCAGUCCAGCCAGAGAACAUUCCAUCCCCUGCCCUAACCAAUGGCUCUGUCCUAGAAGGUGAGCCGGCGACAAUCUUGAGUGAGGCCCCAGAGGUACAGACCAAAAUCUCAGAUGUACCCCAGGAAGCUGAGUGUGCGAUGAAGUCCCCAGAGGCGAAGAGCUUUUUACACAACCCUGAGAGCACAGCGUCAGCCAUCGAGAGUGCCAUACGGGAGAUUGAGAAUGCAGUGCAGGGAGAGGACAGCGAGCUAGCUGUGGAGGUGGCUAUACUGGAGGCAGUGGCAGAAGUUUCACCCUCAAGCCAGAAGGAUAGUGUACCCUUAAGCAAAGAGGAGGAAUCUUUAAAACCAAUUCAUCAGGAGGCACUGGCACCAACAGCUUUUAGCCAAGAGGAAAGCACACCUUCCAGUUUAGAGGAGGUAUCUUCCUCACUCUCUACUCAGACUAGGGUAGCAGCAAAAGAGGAGAUCCCCACACCAACAGCCCUGGAGACGGAGCCAGUCCCUGUCCCAGGACCAAUGCCAGAGGAGGUAGAGACCACUUCAGUAGUCAGUUCAGAGUUGGAACAGGCAACAGUGGAUUUGGGCUCCCUGUCCCCGCCACAUGACGACAGUGGCUUCCAGUCUCUCACCAGUGAGGCGGUGAAGAAGGUGGAUGAUGCUGCCCCAGUACAGAGGGGCCAGAGGCAGUAGAGGUGGUCCCUGAGGCAGGGGGUGAUGGCGUGACUGUGGCCCAGUAGGGAACAGCAGCACAGAACAAUGACUCUGAGACCGGAAAGGAGAAGGACUCCGGGAAGGCAGAGAGUCAGUGAGGAAUUAGUCCUCGUUUAGGCUGUAUGCUGGCAUUGAUUUAAAUGUUUUUUUUUUUCUGAAGACAGGCAAUAUGCCUGUCAAUACUACAUAAACCUAAUCUCACAAAAGCAUAGACAAUUUAAUACAUGGAAAAUGGUUUGUAUACAGUAGUUUUUCCAUUAGAUCAACUGAUUGGUUUACACCUUCAAGAUAAUUCUAAUAAGUUCUAAACUUUUUUAUUUUUUGUACACAUUAUCCACCAAUACUAAAUCAGUCUGUACCUUAGGUGGGGCUCAAGUACAACUUGAAUGUCUCAAUAUUGUUUUUGUGUUUCUAUAUUUUGACAGACCUUCCAACUGAUAAAGCAUGUGCAUUCCAUUCAACCCACAUUCCAAUUGAUAACAUGUACAUUGUAGCCCGAGUGCCAGAUAUGUUUGUGCGCUCAUGCCAACUUAUUGUCACUCAUUGUCAUGCCGAACAUGGCUUGAUAAUGAAUGGAAUUGACAAGCGCACAAACAGAUUUGGGACCAGGCUAUGUGUGUAUUGCAUUACAUCCACACAAGGGGAACUCAUUCAUGAUGCUUUUUUAGUAUAUAUUCACUGUGUAGUGAAUGAUGAGGACGAUUGAAGGACCCAGUUGUCCUCGUCAUGGUGUUCUGUAAAUAUGAAAUCGCACAAUUCAGGUGCUGUUCUUGGUUGGGUACACAGAAUCUUAGACACCUUCCUAAUAUUGAGUUGCACCCCCUUUCCCCUCAGAACCGCCUCAAUUUGUCAGGGCAGGGACUCUACAAGGUGUCAUGAAGUUCCACAGGGAU